GGGCAGAUUUAAUUAUGUAUGCAAGUGAAAGUGAAAAGUGAAACUGAAAAAGAGAGAGAGAUAUAUAUAUAUAUAUAUAAAACAGUUCUGGUGUAGGUCUGAUUUCACUUGCUUUCACUUGUGUUCCAGGACAGAGCUGAUAUAAAUAUAUUGAAGGAAGAAAAACAAACAAAAAAUGGGAGGAUCAGAAUCACAACCAGAGCAACAACCAAAACCAAAUCCAGAACUGGAUGAACCAUGGAGGAAAUUUGACUGGGGACAGAAAGAAGCUCUGAAAGAAAAGCUGGAAAACUUCUCUCCGAGUGAUCCAAAUGUAAAGGACAUCAAGAUCCUGGUAGCUGGACAAGUUGGAGCAGGAAAGUCCAGCUUUAUCAACUCCAUCGAUAGUGUCUUUAAAGGACGGAUCUCCUCUAGAGCGCUAGUUAGUUCAUCUGCUGGUGACAGUGUUAGUUUCACACAAAAACUCAAAGGAUUCACCAUCAGAAGUGGGAGAAAAAUUUUGCCCUUCGUCUUCAAGGAUAUAAUGGGCUUAGAAGCUGCUGCAUUGGCUGGGUCACAAACAGAUGACAUCAUCAAUGCUGUGUUUGGCCAUGUGAAGGACGGCUAUAAAUUCAACCAGGAGCAGGCACUCACUCAUAAGGAUCAACAUUACAACUGUGACCCUACCCUCUCCGAUCAGGCUUUCUGCCUGGUUUACAUCAUAGAUGCAAAUACAGUUGAUUUCACAGAUGAUAAACUUGUUGACAAGUUGAAGAUCAUCCGCCAGAGAAUCAGUGAUCGGGGGAUUCCUCAAGUAGUUUGCAUGACUAAAGUGGAUACAGCAUGUCCGCUGGUGAAAAAUGAUCUAAGGAAGAUCUACACUAGCAAGAAGAUCAAAGAGAAGGUGGAGUUGUGCAGCACCAAAAUAGGUGUGCCAUUGACAAACAUCUUCCCAGUGAAGAACUACCAUUAUGAGACUGACACAGAUGAUGACAUUGAUGUUCUGUUAUUAAAGGCACUUGAACAGAUUGUUCAGAUUGCUGAUGAUAGAUUGUUAGACUGUGAAAGUUACUGAUAAAAUCACCUAUAUACAGUUAUUAAUGCUUAUAAAUCACAUCACAAAAUCACAUAUAAUACAUUUGGAGUGGGUCAUUCUUUAAAUUUCUUUAUCAGAGGAACAUCAUUUUGGGAAGAUUGUGGAUUAAAAUGACUAUAGAGAGGAUUAUGUUUUGUGUUUAGUUUUACAAAUAUAUGUACAGUGGGGUUCAUAGUCAAUGCAAAUCUGGGACUCAAAAACUAAUGCAAACCUGGAAGUUAAUUGAAAGAUAAAUUGAAAAUUGUUUAAGUUAUGAUGUAAAAUCUUUCUCCAUUUAACAACAUUAAAACUGUUACAUUACAUAAAUAAGGGAAUAAUGCAUUAACACUGCAUUUUGUGUUUUAGAUACUACAAAAUAAAUUUUGCUUACAGAGAUGUGUUGAAUAAAUCCUGUUCAAUCUUGAUUUGUUCAUUUUUCUUGACCAUACAUGUAUGUAUUCAGUCGGUACUAAAAUAGUGAAUUGGGGUAUCUGGAGCAAUUGGUACAUUCAGAUUAAGAGAAAGCAUAACUUCUGUAAAUUCAUGUUGAAAUAUAUUCUC